AUGUGUAAAGUUGUUAAAAAGUACGGUCCUUACGUGGAAUAUGAUGCAUGUUUUCUAUUUUCUCAAAUCGUCGCAGCAAUCGAGUACCUUCAUAGCCUGGACAUAGCGCAUAGAGACCUUAAGCCAGAAAACAUAUUACUGAACCAUCGAAAUGAAGUAAAAGUAGCCGAUUUUGGGUUGUCAAAUUUUUGCAGAGAAUCGUUCAGCAAUAAACGAACAUUGUCGCUAACUCGCUGCGGUACAAGGAUGUUUAUGCCACCGGAAGUACUAAUGAAUUACAGUCAUAACGGAUAUAACGCUAAAUUCUUCGAUAUUUGGUCAAUGGGUGGCGUGCUGCAUUAUAUGUUAACCGGCCAGGUGCCGUUUGACGACGGCCGUACUAAACAGAUUGUCGCGCAACAGGUGUCGGGCGACAUUGUUCUCCUCCGACCGAUGUACAAGCGAACGGUUUCCUCGCCGGCCAAACGGCUUGUACGGCACAUGCUCGAACCAGACGUACUAAAACGGGCACGCAUCGCUGUCAUCAAACGAUCAAAAUGGAUGACGAUGAUGGCUUGA